CCUUGUCGUGGCGGUGGGGCUUAGUACCUGGGGUGCAAGCCAGCACCUCGGGGAACAAACUGGACCAAUAUGUUGGAUUGCUCCUGAUUCGUUCUUCCCUAAAGAACCGUACAGGAUGCGAUUAAGGAGAGGACUUUAUGUCUGA